UAAAGUUUAAUUGUAUAAUAGAAGAAGAAAGUGCGGUUUGUUAUUAGAGUGAAAUUUUUUGGUAGAUUCCCACUGUUUUAUGUGUUUGGGUAGGAUGGAGCGACCUGAGUCGAUUGAAGAGACGCGCUUUUACACGCCGUCUGUUCGAUUAGGCGAGAGGCCUGUGCAGUGUGCUGUUCUCUGCUGUGCCUAAUCUGGUGACGCGCACUGCUUCAGGUAGGGCGAGCCGAAGUGGUUCGGGGGGAAGGAGUUUAUAGCUGGCGUAGAGGUGGGGGCACCUCCUUUGAACUCGCCCACUCUGCUACAAGUCACAACUUCAAAACCCAAACGAGCCUACAUGUCGACGGACGGUCCUUCUUUUCACUCUUCUCGCCUUUUCAUAUUUUACGGAUAUUCACAGCCCCGAGGAGCGGUGCGAUAACGGAUCCGUACGUCCCGCCGGGUCGGAUUUACCACUCGGAUGUCUCUUUUCGAGAUCGGAGAGGAAGUUUCAGUAUUUCGACCGAUUUUAACAACUUAUCCGUGCCCCUUUGUGAAGUAGAUCUCUUACAGGAGUGCGUUCUCAAUAGAAGAAAACGAUAAGUGCGUCACUGAAUUCGAAAUGACACAUGUAUCGGGAGGUCGGUGUGUGUUGAAAUGAAGCGAAGGGUCGAAGAAACAACGAAGGUAGACGGGGUAACCCCGGCAAUACUUACACAACGGACUCCGCAUACAGCCCCAAACAUUGUCCAAACUAACUAUACCAGUCAAGGAAUUAAGUCAGAAGUUCCAGCUGUGCAACAGUAUCAGAUUCAAACAAACUAUGCCACUAUGCCUUCUAUCACAGCUAUAAAGACUCAAAGCUCUUCAGGUCUUCAGGGGGGCACUCCUCAUGGAGGGAUCCUUGUUCAGUCGCAUAUUAGACAUGGAAAGGUCGGUACAACUAGUGGGGGUGGUGGAGGAAACUUAGGUGGGAGCAGUGGAGGCAGCGGCACACCUCCCACUGUUUCAAGUACAAGCAGUAGUGGUGGGGCGCAAUUCCAAAGACUCAAGGUGGAAGAUGCUUUAUCUUACCUUGACCAGGUCAAAUACAAAUUUAACUCUCAGCCUCAAGUCUACAAUGAUUUUUUGGAGAUAAUGAAAGAAUUCAAAUCUCAGUGCAUUGAUACUCCUGGAGUUAUAGCAAGAGUGUCUCAACUAUUCAAAGGUUACCCAGAACUAAUCUCUGGUUUCAACACUUUCCUCCCACCUGGAUAUAAAAUUGAAGUUCAAGCAAACGAUACUGGUUACUCAUUGCAAGUAUCAGUGUCAAAUCCGUUAGGACUACAAACAAUAUCAGAAAUACCUCCUUUAACACCAACCCAGUCUCAGAGUGUAGUGGUGACGAAUCAGCAAAAACCGCCAUCAACUGUAUACAGUGGUGUAAAUUCAAGUAUUAAUCCUUCUGUUGGAACACCUUCUGCUGGAGUGACUAUAAAAGGUGCUGUCAAUGACCGAAUAAGCACAUCUGGUGGCGUGUUACCACUCUCAGUGACUCCUCCGACAAGCACUGUCCAGGGUGCUGCUGUUGCCUUAACAAGCGUUAGCAACAUGCCCAGCCUUGUGCUGACACCCAAUGCAAGCAGUGUUGUAACGGCUAAUCACCAGGCUAGCAUCAUCUCGGCAGUCCAGUUACAGCAGACCUCCACCAAUCAGCCAGUUGAAUUUAAUCAUGCUAUCAAUUAUGUAAACAAGAUCAAGAAUAGGUUUCAAGGUCAGCCAGAUAAAUACAAGAAGUUUCUUGAGAUCCUUCAUACUUACCAGAAAGAGCAGAAAACUGUGAAGAGCGGUAGCACAGGAGGAAUAAGCAUUGGUGGAAAACAUUUGACGGAGGCGGAAGUUUAUUCCCAAGUCGCUCAGUUGUUUGAAAACCAUGAUGAUCUGUUGGUUGAAUUUGGACAGUUUUUGCCUGAUGCUACAUCCCACAACUCUCUAUCUUUAGCAUCACUCGGUGCCAAAAUCAGCGAAAGAAAAGGAAAUCUGAGCUCCAAGUACCAAGGAAGUAACCGUUCGGGGCAGAAUGUCGAAGGUGGGAGAAUUUCAUCAGUAGGUGGCAGCGGAGAGCCUCUGAACAACUCAAAGUCUUCUCCGCAAGGAAAUUUGUGCAAGAUGGUGAGUGGGCGUGAUGGAAUUUCCAACAAGAGAAACGUCGCUGAGCUUUAUAACAACGAAAGGCUGACGAUUUCACGGGCGAUGGACAGCAGCCUUCGCCCGCACAGCCCGGCUCUUCCGCACCAAGGACCUCUACCCCAACCUCCGACAAAGAGGCAGAAGAAUCAAUCAAUUGGUUUUCCCAGCUCAGGAGAAAACUUUGAACCUAUAAAGAGAGUGAUAAGAAACCAGUCAGUGUAUGAGAACUUCCUUCGUUGUCUACUUCUUUUCAACGAAGAGGUCAUCUCAAAGUCAGAAUUGCUUACGUUGGUAACACCGAUGCUUGCGAAGCACUCUGAACAACUGAGUUGGUUUAAAGAUCUGCUUGGGGAAAUCGGGAACGGAGGAGCUCCCGGGUCUCCCCCACUCCCGGUGUCCUCGUCGUCACAUCAGACUCAUCCGCAUCACCAUCAGCCUCAUCAACCGGUACACCAACCCGGGCCACAACACACCGGCAGCACCCUUCCGACGCCAUUACCUAUACCACAGAUCCCAUCAAUUCACCCAAGCGCAACAUCUUUUGAACAUCGAAGUGUCAGCCACCGGGGGACAGAUUCAAGACCUGAUCUUCUACCUACAGCGUCGACAGCUGAUAUAGACUUUUCUUCCUGUAAGCGAAUAGGAGCAAGCUAUUGUGCUCUUCCCAAAUCAAUUCCUCCACCUCGAUGUAGUGGGAGGUCCUUACUGUGCAAACAGGUGCUUAAUGACACUUGGGUGUCUUUCCCCACAUGGAGCGAGGACAGCACGUUUGUCACAUCUCGGAAGACUCAAUUUGAAGAGUAUAUAUAUCGGUGUGAAGAUGAGAGAUUUGAGUUGGAUCUCGUUAUUGAGUGUAACGCGGCUACAAUCAGAGUUCUAGACGGGAUCCAAAAGAAGAUGUCUCGGAUGUCUUCCGAGGAACUGUCUAAAUUUAGGUUAGAUGACACUCUUGGUGGUUCAUCACCAACAAUACAUAUAAGAGCAAUUCGUAGGAUAUAUGGUGAUAAGGCUGUGGAUGUUGUAGAAGGUCUUAAAAAGAGCCCAAGCAUCGUUGUACCUGUUGUUCUACGAAGGUUGAAAGCCAAAGAAAUAGAAUGGCGACAAGCUCAAAAGGGUUUCAACAAAACGUGGAGAGACCAAAAUGAAAAGUUUUAUCUCAAGUCUUUAGAUCACCAAGGAAUUAAUUUUAAACAAAAUGAUCUUAAAACUCUCCGUUCCAAAUCUCUCUAUAACGAAAUAGAAGUAAUUUAUGAUGAGAGGAAUGAGAAUGGUGACGGUGAAAGGACAGGCCCCCAUCUUGUACUGAACUAUAGUGAUAAGAGUGUCCUUGAUGAUGCGGCCAACCUUCUCAUUCACCACGUCAAGCGUCAGACGGCUAUCCACAAACAGGACAAAACGAGGAUAAAGCAAUUGCUGAAACACUUCCUUCCAGACCUUUUCCACCAUCCACGGCAGGAUUUGAGCGAUGAUGAACGAGACAAUGACAAAAUGGAUGUCGACCCUUCAACAAAUAAAGAGAACAAUGGGACGACUGUCAACAGUGUUUGCAAGAGCAAGGAGUCUACAUCGCCAACUUGCAACAACAACAGCGAACCGGUGCAUGAACUUGCUCCCAAGAACUUGCCAGAGCCGUCCUCAGAUAUGAAUUCUACUGAAGAAAUGGCUAUUGACAUCAAACAGGAGCCCGAUGAUGAUGAAAAGGAUGGUUUAACAAAACAGAAACACGAUCCCCACAAUCAUGAUGAGUCAUAUUCUCUGUUUUACGGCAACAACCAUUGGUACCUAUUCGUUAGGUUGCAUCAGAUAUUAUGCGAGAGAUUGGCAAAAAUGUCUGAACGGUCGGUUAAGAUUGCAGAGGAAGAGGCGAUAAACAGUUUAAACCGGCGGCAAUCUACAGCAGUUGCACUUAGAUUAAAACCAAACGAACACUGUCAAGACUGCUAUGCCGUCAUGCUCGAUAUGGUGAAGAGUGUGCUGGAUUGUAGUUUAGACCCGCAAACAUACGAGGAUAUGCUGAGAAACAUGUUCGGCAUUCAUGCUUACAUUGGAUUUACAUUAGAUAGAAUAGUUUCUUAUGCUGUGAGACAGCUUCAACAUCUCGUUUCCGAAGAAAACUGUGUCGAAUGUACUGAGUUGCAUAUGAGGUUCAGCAAUAAAGGAAGCACUGGAGGGCUUUGUAGUACUGCCAACUCAAGGUUGGGCGCAGAAGCUGCGUAUUAUAAGGCUGUGUCAUCUUGUCUCGCUGGUGAUAGCUGUUACAAAAUGUAUUUUUACAAGAAGGAAAGCAAAAUCACACUGGAAAUGCUGGACACCGAGGGUGACGGAGAGGAAGAGGAUAAUGGAGGAAGAGCCGAAUGCUCUGAUGUUUCUAGGUCUAAGGGCAGCGAAGGAUCUGUGAAGUGGAAUGAAUUCUCAGGACGGGAAGUUUCACGUCAUACAGGGUCGAUGUCUGUCUCUGACAAAGCGGACUCGGGUGUGAGCCUCAAUGACAGGGAGAAGUGGAGCAAAGCGGUGUACUUGAUCAGGAAUUUAAACCAACGGAAAUGGAGAGAAAACAAACUAGAUGACAAGACUAUAAAAGGAGAUAGCAGAGGAACUGAUAAAUGUCUAGGUUCUUCCAAUAACGAUAAAAAGGUAUAUGUAGCAAUAAAGGAGAGCUUUCUUUUUAAACACGGAGCUAUGGCUAGAGCAAGAGAGAGUCACUGUCGACUUUCAAGGCGGAUGUUUUCAAGGUUUUCCUCAUGGCACUCGGCGUGGGCAAGGUUGCAUGUGGGACGUGAGGCUAACGAGAUGUGUUCAAAGUGGUUUUCGGGAAAGGCUUUGACCGAUAUCCACCCUUGUAGGACAACGCAGAUAUCGCACGAUCCUGGCAACAAAAGGGCUCCUUACCGGCCUUACAUGCAAUAUACCGUCCAGUUUUUUAAUCAAGCGGAGAGUGACCGCACUCCGAGCCCACUGUAAGCCCUGGGCACUCCCUUUGUAAAUAACACCCUACCUCAUCUUUUAUAUGGACCUUAAUGUACAAAAUGAAUCUACAACAAUGUGUACAUAAUUUAUUUUACAAAUUUCCUCUCCUAUGCCCAUUUCGGAUUACCAAUUUCAAGACUAGGGUCGACAUUCCUUCCCCCUCCUUGUUAUACCUUUCUCUUUUCCUUCCUUUCUCUUCUCUUGCUCUCACUCUUUUGAGAUACAUAAGAAUAUUAUCUGCCUUGUGUGUGUAUAACGGUGUCUCAGAUAUGGUGAGAAGUAUUGGAUGGGAAGAUAAAUUAGGCAGUUUAUAUUUAAUACUUUUUGA